UUUCCCACAACGUAUCACCUCAUGACCACUUCUCAUAACAAAGUUUCCUUGUAUUACAUUAAAAGAUACAGUGUGACAUAAUCUCAUCCUUUUACGCUUGCAAGUGUUGUUACGGCCAAAGGCACGACUGUUUUCUUUCUGGAGGUCUGAGCAGGCCUGAUCAUGAGUGCUGAAGGCCGGAGAAGGGCUCACAGACCAGCCGCUGCUCACGACCAGCAACAUGGAAGAUUUCCGCACGCGGAUCUUUGGUUCAAACAACAGGCUGUCUGAAGAGACCGUUCGGAACAAAAUUGUAAACUUUACUGUUGGUGGACUCACAUCUCUAUUAGUCUUGUUAACUCUCAUCAGUUCUUUUGUUUUCCCCACACCUCCUCCCACAGCACUAAAUAUCUUCUUUGUGCUCUGCAUUAUCAUGAUCUGCUCAUCUAUUCUUGUGCUGAUAUUCUGGUAUCGACAAGGAGAUCUGGAUCCCAAGUUUCGUGGUCUUAUUUAUUAUUCCAUAGGUUGCAUUAUUCUUCUGUGCGUGUGUGCAAAUCUGUACUUUCAUAAUGUUGGCAGAUGAUCAUUAUUUAGAAUCAGAUACACUGCUUGCACUGGACAACAUAACUCUGUUAAAACAUCAAUGAAGUAAUGAAUAGGCUGGAAAAGAGGCUCAGAUGUGUGCAUGGGUGAUUAAAUUUAAAUAUAAAAAAUCAUCUAUACGGUAUUUGUACAAUUUACAGUUUAAAUCCAAAAUGGCACCAAAAACCACUUAAAGGUGUAAAAA